AAAAAUUACAGUGGCGCUAAACUGGAAGGUGUUGUUAGAAGUGCUGUCUCAUAUGCCUUGAAUCGACAGAUAAGCUUCGAUGAUUUGACCAAGCCCUUGGAUGAGGAGAGCAUAAAAAUCACUAUGGAUGAUUUUUUGAAUGCUCUUCAUGAGGUUGGACUAGCUUUUGGUUCAUCAAUGGAUGAUCUUGAACGACGCAGGCUUAAUGGGAUUAUCGAUUGUGGUGAGAGGCACAAACACAUCCAUGAGAGAGCCCUGCUUCUUGUGGAGCAAAUCAAAGACAAUCAGAGCCCACUUGUUACAUACCUUCUGGAAGUGGCAAAACUUCAAUGGCAGCUACAAUUGGUAUAGAGAGUGAUUUCCCAUAUGUCAAGAUGAUAUCUGCAGAAAGCAUGAUUGGUCUCGGUAAAGCAACUAAAUGUGCACAAAUUGUCAAGGCAUGCAGUAGUGAUGAAGAUGGUUUGCUUGGUUUUGACGUACAUAGUGAUGGCCAUGGCCAAAGGCAACUAACUGUUCUAGCAAGAGAUGAGCGAAUGGAGAUCACCUCAAGCAUGAAUGGUGCUCCUCUAUUCCCUCCAAAGAAGAAAUAUUUUUCUUGUAUCGAAAUGAAUGGUUUUCUGCCAUUAAUAGUUAUUACGUCUCAAGACUAG